AUGGCUGCCGGAAAAGUUGUGUUAUCCGACGGAAGAGUACAAAACUUAGAGGAAGAGACGACGGUAGCUGAGAUUAUGCUGGAAAAUCCUCAACACGUGGUCGUCGAAUUUGAUCCGUCGUCGAUAUCAUUCAACGACGGACACCGGAAAAAGAAAGACGGCAAAACGGUGAAGAGAAAGCUGGCCCCUUUACCGGCGGACAAAACACUCGAGCCGGGGAAAAUCUAUCUGGUACUCCCGGCCAAAAGAAGCGGUGGCGGCGCCGCGAAAUCAUCAUCGGCGGUGAUGACGUCAGAGGAGAUGCGUAAAAUGCUAUUUAGCGCCACGGCGAUGGUAAGGUCGUCGUUUAGCUACUACGAAGGGAUCCUUCCUUGGUUUACUACUAAGAGUUACAAUAAUAAUAGUAAUAACCCGGAUGCGGUGGUUGCUGCUUCGUCGAUUGGGAGGUUGGAGGCGGAGAUGGAGGAGGAAGGGAGGCCGGAGUUUUUGAGCCGGCAACUGUCGGGAAGAGGGUGGAAGCCAAGCUUGGAUCCCAUCAAGGAGAAGAAAGCACACAAGAAAAUCCAUCGACGGUUGUUUUUUUAA